AUGUCACUCAACGGGAAGAUAGCAAUCGUGACUGGCGGCGCUAGAGCAGNNGUCGCGUUCAACUACGUAUCCGAAAGCUCUGCUUCGAAAGCCAAAGAGCUCGUAGCCGCCAUCAAGUCCAAGGCCGGUGAUGCUGUUUGCGUUCAAGCGGACAUGGCGGAUAUCUCUGCUCCUGCCAUCAUCCUCCAGACAACACUGCAAGCAUUUGAGACCGACCGGAUCGAUAUAUUGGUUAACAACGCAGGCUUGGGACAGAACACGCCCUUGCAAGACGUCACAGUCGAGGAAUACAAAAAGCUGAUGGACGUGAAUGUUCGCGCAGUCAUCUUCAUGACACAACAAGUUCUUCCCUACCUCAAGGGUACUUCCAACCGCAUCAUCAACUUGUCAUCAAUCUCUGCUCGUGGUGGUUUUGCGACACAAACGGUGUAUGCUGCGACAAAGGCAGCCGUGGAGGGCUUCACUCGAGUGUGGGCANAAGAGCUGGGUCAUACACACAGUGUCACGGUCAAUGCCGUCAAUCCAGGACCUGUUGACACUGAUAUGUAUCGUGCAGCGGGUGAAGUUCAUCUUGCACGCAUGGAGGAACAGAACAAGGCGGUGCCUGCUGCUCCGCGAUGCGGUACUGGAGAAGACGUCGCCGACAUCAUCACUUUCCUGUGUAGUGAACAAGCACGGUGGAUUACUGGCGAUGUAAUCUGCGCCAAUGGCGGUAUGCUCUUUACUUGA